UUAUAGAUAUAUAAAUGAACAUAUUUCGUUAUCUAUAUUAACAGCUGGCAGAUAUUAAAAAUAUAACGUAUAUAACGUAAAUACAUAGAUAUAAAAUUUCCGUUUGUUAAGACUGUUAUCAACAUAAUAGAUUUUUUAUAUCAUUAUGAUUCUUCCUGUGAGAUAAAUAGGAAAGAAAAUCUUUGUUUAAAUUAACAGAUUGAAAAUUAUUUCAAAGUUAUCUACAGAACAGUGCAAAUUAGAAGGAUGGCAACUGAAGUCAUAGAAUCACAACCAUUUAAGAAUUUACAAGAAUUAUAUGAUAAUGUGGAUAAUCUAAAACCAUGGCCUGAUAUUAAGAAACUAAGAGAAUCAACAGAUUAUGUGUAUAAUGGUUCAGAAAUAAAUAUACAAAAGUUGUAUUUGGAAAAAUUUGAUAGACAAGAACAACCAAGAACAUUAUUAUGUCAUGAUAUGAAAGGUGGUUAUCUACAAGAUAGAUUUAUAGAUGGAUCAAAGUCUUAUGAGUCUUAUUUGUUUUAUCAUUGGAGUGUUAUUGAUACAUUUGUAUACUUUAGCCAUUAUUUUAUUACUAUUCCACCUUAUGGAUGGAUUAACGCAGCACAUGAUCAUGGAGUUAAAAUUCUUGGUACUGUAAUAACUGAAAGAGAAGGUAUAUGGGAUCUUAUACUUAUAUCUCAGGAGGAUGUGAGAAAAUUUGCAGAUGCACUAAUAGUUGUUGCAAAAUUUUAUAAAUUUGACGGCUGGUUAUUAAACAUUGAAAAUGUGAUUAAAAAUGAACAAAUCAAUAAUUUAAUUUAUUUCGUGAAAUAUCUAACAGACAAUAUUCAUGAAGCAAUAAAAGAUUCUGAAAUUAUAUGGUAUGAUAGUGUGACUAAUGAAGGAACAUUAAACUGGCAAAAUGAACUUAAUAAUAAAAAUAUAGACUUUUUUUUAAAUUGCGAUGGUAUUUAUUUGAACUACAAUUGGAAUAAAUCAAAACUAGAAAAUAGUUAUGCACUUGCAAAAAAUCAUAACAGAAAUGUUCAUGAUAUUUAUGUAGGACUAGAUGUUUGGGGAAGAGGGUGUCCUGGUGGUGGUGGAUUUAAUUCAACAUAUGCUUUACGAAAAAUACGGCAAGAAAAACUUUCGGUCGCAAUUUUUGCUCCUGGUUGGACUCAUGAAUUUUUCGGAUCCAAAACAUUUCAAGAAUUAGAAGAUUUAUUUUGGGCACAAUUGUUUCCUUAUUUAUAUAUUCAUGUACUUAUCUACGAAGAAGAAAUAUUUAAAACAUCAUUUUGUCGUGGAAGUGGUAGUUUGUAUUAUAGCUGUGGUGAGAUACAAUUAGACAUGCGCAUUGUAGAAGGUAAAAAUAUUUGGGAACAAAGAUCAUUUUAUAACUUAUCCAAGCAAAUGCCACAAAUAUCUGUACCUACACCACAUUUACAAUUUACAUAUAUUCCACAACUUCCUGAAUCAAAAAAUGAAAACGAUCGAAAUGAGUGUCCAAAACAACCGAUACAAUAUAUUUACGAAACAAAGAAAAACGUUAUUCGAAUAUUAGAAAAUGUUAUAAAUAUUCAAGACAAAAUGCCAAUACUUGACAUAAAUUGCUUCGAAUUUUGUAAUCAAUUUUCUUUCGAAGGUGGUGGUUGUUUAAAAUUAAUUACGAAUGAUCUUAGAUCGUAUCAUAGAUUAUUUCUUGUUCAUAUCGAAUUCCAACAAGACAUUGAAGCAACUAUCAUUUAUGAAGAAAUGAUAUCUUCUAUGACGAACGGAACUCGAAGUGAACCAAUUUUAAUUUUGGGCAAUGAUACUGGCUUAAAAUCUAUUAUCCAUUAUAAAUCAGAAAAUUUAAACUCAAGAUGGAAGAAAUGUGUUUAUCUGACGAAUAUGAGGACUGUGAAUGAGAUUGGUAUAUCUUUCGCAAAGAAGAAUAUCUGUUAUCUAGGAGAGAUCAUUCUCGAACAAAAGGGACAUCUGAACUAUUCGCUUUUAAAUUGCGCUCAGCAUGUGAAAAAGGCAAUCGCUUGAAAUUCGGCUGUGUAAUCGAUGCGAUCCAAUGAUUUGUCGGAGCAUGGCCCAAUACCGUUGAACCGUAACCAACAAUCAACAAUUUCACUGACUACAGUGAUAAAGUUAGCGCCAACAAUUUUCAGGCGUGCAACAGUCACUAAUGGGGCACCAUUCAUUACGGACUUCUAGAUGUUCUCGAAGCAAACAAGUCAUGGGCCGAUUGCUCAUUUGUUUUAGCAGUCACAGCGCAAAUGAGAAACCCAAAUUACGUUUUCGAGCUGUUACAUGUCGCAACAGGGACUAUUUGUAAUCGGAGAAUGUGGCCAGUUCAUUGAUAUUCCUGCGGUUAUCGGGUCGAAUUUUUUUGCGGUUCUAUACCUGCUGUUACACUUUGCAUUAUAAGACUUCUUUUCUAUUCUUUUUUUCUUUUUCUCUUUCUUUCUUUCACGAUGUGUUAUUUCACUCGUCAGUUACAUCAAGUAUAUGCGUAUAUACUUUGCAUUGUAAUACAUACGGUUGCUUUCGAUUUGCAUGUAACCUUUUCGAGCGCAUUGUUUUUCGAUUUGCACGUGGGUAUCAUACUUUUCUACUUACACCAUAUGUAAGUCAUAAGUACUUGAACAGUUUGGUCAACUGGUAACGGUAUUUGAAUUUAACCAAAAUGUACAAUAGGUCUAAAGAAAAUAACCAUAAAUUAUUUGAAAAUUAUUAUUUUCAUUCUUUUUACGAGUCAAUUAUUACUAAUAUAAAGUAUAUACUUUUUUGAAUAUGUAAUUUUAAAUAAAAUAAAAAAUUUAUAUA